AUGGCGGAUCCAGCAGGCUUGCAGCAGGAGCGAGUGGCUCUGACCGAGGUGUCUGACGACGACAAGGAGGUGUCCCUGGUAGCCGCAGCGGUCCAGCCCGCCACCGACAGCGAUGAAGACGACAUUUCAGAAGAAGUGGACCUGGUGCUGGCCACGGGCUCGGGCACCAAGAGUGAGGCGCAGGUAAACGGGGUCAUGGUGCUGACCCUGCUAGACAAGAUCAUCGGGGUGGUGGACCAGAUCCAGCUGACCCAGAACGGGCUGGAGGCCAGACAGCAGGACAUGGAGAAGUCUGUUUAUUGCAUCCAGGGAGAGCUGUCCAAGCUGUCCAAGAGCCACACUGACACGGCCAACACCGUCAACAAGAUGCUGGGCAAGGUGCGCAAGGUCAGCGUCAACGUGAAGACGGUCCGCACCAACCUGGAGAAGCAGGCUGGCCAGAUCAAGAAGCUGGAGAGCAACGAGAACGAGCUGCUCAAGAGACGGCACUUCAAGGUUCUCAUCUACCAGGAUGAGAAUAAGGCCGCUAAAGCCUCUCUAAAGUCAUCCAAGGUGGCAGAGAAUGUAGCUGAGGGCUGCUCUGUGGAAGGGGGGCUGGAGCAGAUCCCUGAGGAGGGGGGCGAGGCGGCGCUCACUGGCCUCAACUCAGACGAAGAGGUGGAGAUCGAGGAGAUCAUCGAAGAGUCCCGGGCGGAGAAGAUAAAACGCUCCAGCAAGGCGCGCGUGGACCACAUCAAGAAGGCCUUCUCCAAAGAGCAGAGGGAGAAGAGAGCGCAGAAGACCAAGGACAACCUGGAAAAGACCAAGCAGAAGACCAGGGAUAACCUGGAGAAGACCCGGCAGAAGACUCACGACAAGCUGGAGAAGACCAAGCAUAGCCUGGAAAAGAAGAUGGGCAAGCUGGGCAACAAGAUGACCCCUAACAUGGAGCGGAAGGAGAAGUUAAAGGGCUCCAAGGAGAUGUUGAAGAAGUCUCUGACCCCCGACCACACCGUCUACGCCCGCUCCAAGACGACCGUGUACCGCGUGCCGCCCUUCACCUUCCACGUGAAGAAGUUCCGGGAUGGAGACGUGGAAGUGGUGCACACAGAGGGCACAGAGAUGGUGGAGGUGGCCGAGAAUGAGGCCCUGCAGGCGGGAGAGGGAGACGUGGAGGUGGAGGAGCUGGUGAGAGUAGUAGACACCCCAGAGAUGGCUGCUGUCCUGGAGUUGGAUGAAGAGGAGGAGGAGCUGGUGAGAGUAGACACCCCAGAGAUGGCAGCUUUCCUGGAGGUGGCUGAGGACCAGGUGGCAGAGCAUCUGAUCAGGCUGGAGAGUAAGGUCCCUGUGGUGAAGACAAGCAUGAAGACAACCAGCAAAUAACUCUGUCUACAGGGCCCAGCAGGAUUGGAAGAAUGAUACAAUAGAGGGAUGAGGAGACAGAGGAGAAGAGAGAGGGGGAGAGUAAAGAAGAGGAGAGAAACAUACUACAUUUGGAUGACAGUGACACAGCAUGCAUGAUAAGGACUGUCGGGACAAUGUUCACAAUCUACUCAACUUAUAAUAAAAAUGAUAAUGACAUAAUAUGCCAUUUAGCAGAUGCUUUUAUCCAAAGCAACUUACAGUCAAAUGUGCCUACAUACAUCUUGUUUGAGAAAAAAAAAA